CAUGCAUUGUAGAUCACGCAAUCCCGUCUCUUGAGUUCAGAACGUCUCCCUUCAAACAACAUGAGGGCAUACACGGAGACUUUUGAGUUCACAGGAAAACGCUGUUGCGGCUGAAUCUAGUCUCAACGACCAGCCCGAACGAUCCGACUCUACGAUAGAGUCGGACAAUGCCUCGCGAUGAAGUAGCUUCAACGAGCCAACCAGCACAGGCGAAAUCAGAAGAGAAAGAUGUACCAGAAGAACCAGAACCACCUACUCUCACGGAUGUCGAGGCCGAGAUUCCAUACACCAUAUUUACGAUUCACGAGAAGCGGUUUAUGACAUUCAUCCUGACAUUUGCAUCACUGUUCUCCCCCAUUUCCUCGACGAUCUACUAUCCGGCGCUUAGUCCUUUGGCAGAGGAAUUGCAUGUCACCGACUCAGCGAUCAAUGUCACUAUUACGACUUUCAUGAUAUUCCAAGGCCUGGCGCCUGCAUUCAUCGGCGCAUUUUCCGAUGCAGAGGGUCGGAGGCCAGCAUAUCUAAUAUGUUUCAUUGUGUACAUCGCCGCAGACGUCGGUCUCGCGUUGCAAGGGGACUACGCCGCACUCCUUGUCUUGCGUUGCGUGCAGAGCUCUGGAAGCAGUGGGACCGUUGCACUUGCGAAUGCGGUCGUUGCUGAUUUCGCGAUGUCGUUUGAGAGGGGGAAGUGGAUGGGUUGGGCGAAUGCUGGUGGGCUUUUGGGACCUACAAUUGGACCUGUAAUCGGUGGACUACUGACGCAGUAUCUGGGGUGGCGAUCUAUCUUCUGGUUCCUCGCGAUUUUCGCCUUCGUGUACCUCAUCCCCAUCGUUCUCUUCUUCCCCGAAUCCUGCAGAGCGGUAGUAGGCAAUGGAUCACGACGCCCUCCCUCAAAAUGGAAUCAAUGCCUUCUGGACCCCAUAAUCACCAAACGCAUUGCCUCCAAUCCAUCCACCUUAAGCCCACCGAUCCCACCCCACCGCCUCCGCUUCCCCAACCCCUUCAAAGCCCUCCUCCUCAUCUUCUCAAAAGACGCCUCCCUCCUCCUCUUCUCCUCCGCCGUAAUGUUCGCCGGCUUCUACGCCUUCAUGGCCAUCAUCCCCUCGCAAUUCGAAUCUAAGUACGGCUUCAACUCUCUGCACAUCGGCCUCUGCUACCUCCCCUCCGGCGUCGGCGGCACCAUGGCCGCCCUGAUCGGCGGCCGCCUCAUGGACGUCAAUUUCCAGCGGCACGCCCGCAAGCAGGGCCUCGACGCCUCGGACACGCGGCGGAUCCGCACGCUGACCACGUUCCCCAUCGAGGCCGCACGCCUCGAAAUCGCAAUCCCGCUCAUCGUGCUCGGGUCUCUCGCCAUCGUCGCGUUCGGCUGGGUCAUGCGGUACCCGACGCACCUCGCCGGCCCGCUGAUCCUGCUGUUCGUCGUGGGGUUUUGCUGCACGGGUGCGUUCACGAUUCUCAUGACGCUUGUUGUCGAUAUCUAUCCUGAGAAGCCGGCCACGGCGGUCGCGGCGAGCAAUAUGACGAGGUGUUGGCUUGGGGGCGGGGCGACGGCGGCGGUCGUGCCGUUGGUGAGGAGGAUCGGCAUGGGGUGGGCGUUUACGCUGUGUGGUGGACUUUGGCUCGCGCUGUGUCCGCUGCUGGUGCUGGUUGUGAGAUGGGGGCCGGAGUUUAGGAGGGAGAAGGCGAGGGCGAGGGAGGGGGGUGAGUGAUGAGGUUUGGGUUUUGAUUAGGUUGAUGUAGUUAGAGGAUCUCUAUGAAGAGCUGGGGAAGAGUGGUACAUUGAGAUUUUGGGUGUAUAUAUCAAGAUGGUACGGAACUGAGCCUUGACUUCUAGAAAGCAAAGCUACAAAUCGCAAGUACGCUUAAACAGACAGACAUAUGGACAUGUAGCUUAGUCUCUGGUCAAAGUAUGCAUCCACAUAUGAAGCCACUGUAGUUAAUCAAGAGGGCUCGACGACUAUUUCAAACCCAUGAAUCGUUAAUUUUUUUUUC